AUGGCGCGCCAACGUGCCGCCUCCAACGCCUCAACCAACAGCUCCAACCCCCCACGCGACCCGCAAGAGCUGGCAAGCAUGUACGAUUACCUCGCCAAAAUCAUCCUCAUCGGCCCCAGCGGCAGUGGAAAAUCCUGCCUCCUCCACCGCUUCACCCACUCCACAUUCCGCACCCUCUCCAGCCAAACAAUCGGCGUCGAGUUCGCCUCCAAGGUCGUGCGCGUCGGCUCCGGGUCACGACGCCGGCGCAUAAAGCUGCAGCUCUGGGACACAGCCGGCACGGAGCGGUUCCGGUCCGUCAGCCGGUCCUACUACCGCGGCGCCGCCGGCGCGGUGCUCGUGUACGACGUCUCGGACCCCGCGAGCUUCGGCGCGCUGCCGACGUUCCUGAGCGAUGCGCGGGCGCUCGCGAGUCCGCAGCUUACGGUUGUGCUGGCGGGGUGUAAGAGUGAUCUGGCCGAGGAGGGAGGGGGCGGGGGAGGGGGCGGGGGAGGGCAAGAGCAGCAAGAGACGUCUGCGCCGUCAUCGUGGGUCGACAGCACAUCGCCAGCGCCAUCGAGUCUCUCGAGCCGCUACUCCGCCCUCAGCUAUGGCACGCCCCCGCGCACCUCGGCCUCCAGCACGCCCACCACGGCCCGAAAGUUCACCGCCGGCCACGCCGCACCCGCGACAACCAUCCCGCCGGACUCCGACACCCCCCUCGUCUCGACCGCCCAAGCAACCGCCUGGGCCUCCACGCAGGCCCCGCCGCUCCCAUAUACCACCGAAGUCUCCGCCCUGUCCGGCGACGGCGUCGCAGCGCUCUUCCACAAACUCGCCACCAUCAUCCUGACGCGCAUCGAGCUGGGCGAAAUCGACCCGGACGAUCCACGCUGCGGGAUCCAGUACGGCGACGCGUAUGGCGAGGAUGCGUGGAGCGUCAAGAGCGGGCGGAGCGGGGGCGCGGGGGCGAGGAGGAGGAGGGGCGGGACGGGGGGAGGCGGAGGGGGAGGGUGGAUGGCGGGGGCGAGGGAGUGGGAGGAGGUGUUUAGGGUCUCGGGCAGGAGGAGAAGAGGGGGAUGUUGCUGA